AUGGGACUUGUUGCAAGUUCGGGAUCUGAUAAUGAUGAUUUGGUUGACAAACUUGUUGAAGCUGAUAUUGUUUACUCUCACGGAAUUGAGACUGCUUUAAGGUUGGUUGAUCGCCGCCGUUUCUUCCCUUCUGAAGGGAAGGAGGUUGCAUACAGAGAUAUGGCUUGGAAGAGUGAGACAGGCUGUCCUGGGAGAAUACAUAUUUCUGCUCCAUGUAUAUAUGGUAAUGUCUUGGAAUGUCUUAAGCUGGAAAAUGGCAAUAGUUUUCUAAAUAUCGGUUCUGGUACAGGCUACCUUAAUACCAUCGCCGGUUAUUUGCUCGGCAGCACUGGCAAAAAUCAUGGCAUAGAACUUCACGACAAUGUGGUUCAUUAUGCCCGAGAAUUAGUUGCUGAAACAUCUCUUCUUCCGGAAACACAAUGUUUUGAAUGGGCUACACCAAUAUUUACUUGUGGAAACGGGUUGUAUCUGAAUCCAGUUCAUAAUUUCAAAUACGAUCGUGUUUAUUGCGGCGCUACUGUUCCAGAAUCACAUCGGCGUAUUCUGUGGGAUUUACUAAAGAUCGGUGGGAUUCUCGUAAUGCCAUAUAAUGAUCAAUUUACAAUAUCUUACCGGUGUAUUCAUUCGCAACAGCAUUCGAACUGCUCUGAAAAGACAGCAGACGAUCUAUAUUCGAAAUCAUGUAUCUGA